UCCAGUGAGCGCUCGGCAAGCUUCUGGCGCUUUAUAGGAUUCACUAUAUCCGGUUAUUUGUACGGAACAAGUAAGUUGCAAUCAUGAGUGCGGAUGCUGAAAUGGCCAUUUUCGGGGAGGCCGCAAUAUACCUGCGAAAGCCGGAGAAAGAAAGACUUGAAGCCCAAAAUCGACCCUUUGAAGCUAAAACUGCAUGCUUCUGCGUCGACGUUAAGAAUGAAUUCACUAAAGGCACCAUUAAGAGCAGGGAAGGUGGCAAAGUGGUUGUGGAAACCCAAGAGAAACAGACUGUGACUCUUAAAGAGGACCAGGUCUUCCCAAUGAACCCCCCAAAAUUCGAUAAGAUUGAGGAUAUGGCCAUGAUGACCCAUCUGAGCGAGCCAGCUGUACUGUUUAACCUCAAAGAGCGUUAUGCAACCUGGAUGAUCUACACUUACUCCGGGUUGUUCUGUGUCACCGUGAACCCCUACAAGUGGUUGCCUGUGUACAAUCCCGAAGUCGUUAUUGGCUACAGGGGCAAGAAGCGUCAGGAAGCUCCUCCCCACAUCUUCUCCAUCUCUGAUAACGCUUAUCAGUUCAUGGCAACCGAUCGUGAGAACCAGUCCAUUCUCAUCACCGGAGAAUCCGGUGCCGGGAAGACUGUGAACACCAAACGUGUCAUCCAGUACUUCGCAUCAAUUGCAGCCAGUGGCGAAGGCAAGAAAAAAGAGCAUGGCAGCAGUUCGCUGAAGGGAACUCUGGAAGAUCAAAUCAUCCAGGCUAACCCUCUGCUGGAAGCUUUUGGUAAUGCCAAGACAGUGAGAAAUGACAACUCAUCUCGCUUUGGUAAAUUUAUUAGGAUUCACUUUGGAACCACAGGAAAACUGGCCUCAGCUGACAUUGAAACUUAUCUAUUGGAAAAGUCCAGGGUGACAUUCCAACUGAAAGCUGAGCGAAGUUACCACAUUUUCUAUCAGGUUACAUGUAACAAGAAGCCAGAACUUAUUGAAUUGAUGCUCAUUACCACCAAUCCCUAUGACUUUCAUUUUGUUAGCCAAGGGGAGAUUUCUGUGGCCAGUAUUGACGAUGGUGAGGAACUGAUGGCUACUGAUGAAGCCAUUGACAUUUUGGGCUUCACGGCUGAAGAGAAAGUAGGAAUCUAUAAACUCACUGGUGCAGUAAUGCACUAUGGUAACCUGAAGUUCAAGCAAAAGCCAAGGGAGGAACAAGCUGAGCCUGAAGGAACAGAAGUGGCUGACAAGGCUGCUUACCUGAUGGGUAUGAACUCUGCUGAGUUGCUCAAAGCAUUGUGUUACCCACGAGUAAAAGUUGGCAAUGAAUAUGUGACAAAGGGCCAGACAGUACAGCAGGUGCACAAUGCUGUUGGUGCCCUUGCAAAAUCCGUCUAUGAUAAAAUGUUCAUUUGGAUGGUACUGCGUAUCAAUCAACAAUUGGACACUAAACAACCCAGGCAAUUUUUCAUUGGCGUGCUGGACAUUGCUGGCUUUGAAAUUUUUGAUUUCAACAGCCUGGAGCAGUUAUGUAUCAACUUCACUAAUGAGAAACUGCAACAGUUCUUCAACCACCACAUGUUUGUUCUGGAACAAGAAGAGUACAAGAAGGAAGGAAUUGAAUGGGAAUUCAUUGACUUUGGAAUGGAUCUGGCUGCUUGCAUUGAACUCAUUGAGAAGCCCUUGGGGAUAUUCUCAAUCCUGGAAGAGGAGUGUAUGUUUCCUAAGGCCACAGACAUAACUUUCAGGAAUAAACUAUAUGACCAGCAUCUUGGAAAGACAAGCAAUUUCCAGAAGCCCAAGCCUCCCAAAGGGAAGGCUGAAGCCCACUUUGCUUUGAUCCACUAUGCUGGCAUCGUAGAUUAUAAUGUAAAUGGAUGGUUGGAAAAGAACAAAGACCCACUCAAUGAAACAGUUGUCGCACUGUACCAGAAGGCUUCACUGAAACUCUUGCAAACACUUUACAGUGCCCAUGCCUCAGAAGCUGAAACUAGUGGCAAGAAAGCAGGGAAGAAGAAGGGUUCAUCUUUCCAAACUGUAUCUGCUCUUUUCAGGGAAAAUCUGAAUAAACUGAUGACUAACUUAAGGUCCACUCACCCGCAUUUUGUGAGAUGUAUAAUUCCCAAUGAGACAAAGACACCAGGUGUCAUGGAUAAUCAUCUAGUCAUGCAUCAGCUCAGAUGCAAUGGUGUGCUGGAAGGAAUUAGAAUUUGCAGAAAGGGAUUUCCAAGCAGAAUUCUCUAUGGUGAUUUUAAGCAAAGAUAUAGGAUUCUGAAUGUAAGUGCAAUUCCUGAAGGACAGUUCAUCGAUAGUAAGAAGGCAUCUGAAAAGCUCUUGAAUUCCAUUGAUAUUGAUCGCACACAAUAUAGAUUUGGUCAUACCAAGGUAUUUUUCAAAGCUGGCCUCCUGGGUGCACUUGAGGAGAUGAGGGAUGACAAAUUGGCCCUACUUAUUACCCGAAUACAAGCUGUCAGCCGCGGAUAUCUCAUGAGAGUUGAAUUCAAGCGGAUGAUGGAGAGAAGGGAGUCAGUCUUUACCGUGCAAUACAACAUCCGUGCAUUCAUGAACGUCAAGCAUUGGUCAUGGAUGAAACUCUUCUUUAAGAUCAAACCUCUUCUAAGGAGCGCUGAAUCCGAAAAGGAAAUGCAGACCAUGAAAGAAGAGUUUGAGAAAAUUAAGGAGUUGCUAGCCAAAUCUGAAGCACGGAGAAAAGAACUAGAGGAGAAAAUGGUAUCCCUGAUACAAGAGAAGAAUGACCUGGCUCUUCAAGUGCAGGCAGAAAGUGAAACUCUGGCAGAUGCUGAAGAAAGAUGUGAGGGGCUCAUAAAAAACAAAAUUCAACUUGAGGCUAAACUCAAAGAAGCAAAUGAAAGGCUGGAGGAUGAAGAAGAAUCAAAUGCUGAGCUCACGGCCAAAAAACGAAAACUGGAGGAUGAGUGCUCAGAACUGAAGAAGGAUAUUGAUGACUUGGAGCUCACCUUGGCCAAAGUAGAAAAGGAGAAACAUGCCACAGAAAACAAGGUGAAGAACCUUACAGAGGAAAUGGCAAGCCUUGAUGAAAACAUUGUCAAGUUAACAAAGGAAAAGAAAGCUCUACAAGAGGCCCACCAGCAGACCCUGGAUGAUCUGCAGGCUGAGGAAGACAAAGUCAACACUCUGACCAAAGCCAAAUCAAAGCUGGAACAACAAGUUGAUGAUCUUGAAGGUUCUCUGGAGCAAGAGAAGAAGCUUCGAAUGGAUCUUGAAAGGUCUAAGAGAAAACUUGAAGGUGAUCUGAAACUAUCCCAAGAAACAAUAAUGGAUUUAGAAAAUGACAAGCAACAAACGGAAGAGAAGCUGAAAAAAAAAGAAUUUGAGAUUAGCCAACUUCUAAGCAAGAUUGAGGAUGAACAAGUUCUAGGUGUUCAGCUACAGAAGAAAAUUAAAGAACUUCAGGCUCGUAUUGAGGAGCUUGAGGAAGAGAUUGAAGCUGAACGUGCUGCUCGUGCUAAGACUGAGAAACAGAGAGCUGAUCUUUCUCGGGAACUUGAAGAGAUCAGUGAGCGACUGGAAGAAGCUGGUGGAGCAACUGCAGUACAGAUUGAAAUGAACAAGAAACGAGAAGUGGAAUUUCAGAAAAUGCGGCGUGAUUUGGAAGAAUCUACCCUCCAGCAUGAAGCCACAGCUUCAGCUCUUCGAAAGAAACAUGCUGAUAGUGUGGGAGAACUUGGGGAACAGAUUGACAAUCUACAGCGGGUGAAACAAAAGCUGGAAAAGGAAAAGAGUGAACUGAAGAUGGAAAUUGAUGAUGUCACCAGUAAUAUGGAAUCUGUAUCUAAAUCUAAAGCAAAUUUUGAGAAGCUCUGUCAUACAUUAGAGGACCAACUUAGUGAAACUAAGGCAAAGAAUGAUGACAAUGUGCGGUUAAUUAAUGAUCUAUCAGCACAGAAAGCUCGACUGCAGACUGAAAAUGGUGAAUUUUCACGGCAAAUGGAAGAGAAGGAUUCCCUGGUUUCUCAAAUGACAAGGGCAAAGCAAGCAUUUGCUCAGCAGAUUGAAGAGCUAAAAAGACAGCUGGAGGAAGAAAUGAAGGCUAAGAACGCACUGGCCCAUGCUCUUCAAUCAUCCCGCCAUGAUUGCGAUCUCCUCCGUGAACAAUAUGAAGAGGAAAUGGAGGCAAAGGCUGAGCUCCAACGUGGAAUGUCCAAGGCCAACAGCGAAGUGGCUCAGUGGAGAACGAAAUAUGAAACUGAUGCGAUCCAGCGCACUGAGGAACUGGAAGAGGCCAAGAAAAAACUUGCCCAGCGACUUCAAGAGGCUGAGGAUCACAUUGAGGCAGUGAAUUCUAAAUGUGCCUCAUUAGAAAAGACCAAACAGAGACUUCACAAUGAAGUUGAAGAUCUCAUGAUUGAUGUGGAGCGAGCUAAUGCUGCUGCAGCUGCUCUUGAUAAAAAGCAGAAGAACUUUGACAAGAUCCUGGCAGAUUGGAAACAAAAAUACGAGGAAUGUCAGUCUGAAUUGGAAGCAUCUCAGAAGGAGUCUCGUUCUUUAAGUACUGAACUCUUCAAAAUGAAGAAUGCUUAUGAAGAAUCCUUGGAACACCUUGAAACACUGAAAAGGGAGAACAAGAAUCUUCAACAGGAGAUUAACGAUUUGACCGAACAACUCGGAGAAAGUGGUAAAGCAUUGCAUGAGAUGGAAAAGGCUAAGAAGUUGGCAGAAACUGAAAAGUCUGAAAUUCAGAGUGCUUUGGAAGAAGCAGAGGCGGCUCUUGAACAUGAGGAAAGCAAGAUACUGCGUAUCCAGCUUGAAUUAAGUCAAGUAAAGUCAGAAAUUGACAGAAAGAUUGCUGAGAAAGAUGAGGAAAUUGAUCAAAUUAAGAGGAACAAUCAGAGAGUUGUAGAAACUCUGCAGACAUCAUUGGAGGCAGAGGUCAGAAGCAGAAAUGAUGCCCUGAGAAUCAAAAAGAAAAUGGAGGGUGAUCUGAAUGAAAUGGAGAUUCAGUUGAGCCAUGCAAAUCGCCAGGCAACAGAAGCUGUUAAGCAUCUCAGGAACGUACAGGCUCAACUUAAGGAGGCACAGUUACAUAUAGAUGAAGCUUUGAGAAGCAAUGAAGACCUCAAGGAACAGUUGGCUAUGUCUGAACGCAGAAGCAAUCUCCUUCAAGCUGAAGUAGAGGAACUGAGGGCAGCUUUGGAACAAACGGAAAGAGCUCGCAAGCUGGCUGAACAAGAACUUACUGAUGCCAGUGAGCGUGUGCAGCUUCUUCAUUCUCAGAAUACCAGUCUGAUCAAUACCAAAAAGAAGCUUGAAGCAGACAUGUCCCACCUUCAAUCCGAAGUGGAAGAUGCCAUUCAGGAAGCUAGAAAUGCUGACGAGAAGGCCAAAAAAGCAAUUACUGAUGCUGCAAUGAUGGCAGAGGAGUUGAAGAAGGAACAGGAUACAAGUGCCCACCUUGAGAGAAUGAAGAAGAACCUUGACCAGACGGUGAAGGACCUGCAGCAUCGCCUGGAUGAGGCUGAGCAAUUGGCCUUGAAAGGAGGAAAGAAGCAGAUCCAGAAACUGGAGGCCAGGGUCCGUGAACUGGAGAGUGAAUAUGAAGCAGAACAGAAACGUAGUGCUGAUGCUAUCAAAGGUGCUCGCAAAUUUGAGAGAAGGGUUAAGGAGCUUACCUAUCAGUCUGAAGAAGAUAGGAAGAAUCUCUUGAGGCUGCAAGAUCUUGUUGACAAAUUACAAUUGAAGGUUAAAGCCUACAAGAGGCAAUCAGAGGAAUCUGAAGAACAGGCUAAUGUUCACCUGUCUAAAUUCAGAAAAGUUCAGCAUGAACUUGAGGAGGCGGAAGAGCGUGCUGACAUUGCAGAAUCCCAGGUUAACAAGCUCAGGGCUAAAAGCCGUGAUAUUAAGAUGGUAGUGAAAGCUGAAGAAUAAUUACAAGCUUGAAGAGUUCACCGAAGAAAUUCACAAAAUGUGCAUUUCUUUGUGACUUAUUUUUGUAUAUUAAGUUGGACUUGUUAGUAAUGCAUUACCAAUAAAGAUAGUAUUAACCUGCUGUGGUUUGUCAUGUCCUA